AUGGAACGUUGUGUCUUACAGAGACUUAUUGGUGAGCUACCAAAACCACCACUCGACUUUGUUCGAUCUCUCUCUCGAGACGUUAGUCGAACCUACCCAUCAUUGUCCUUAGAGGACCAGGCAAAAAUUCUUGCUUAUCGGCUCAACAGGAAUGCGGCACAUGAUCGCUUGUACUAUCGCAUUAGAGCUGCUCGAAUGAUCGCUGCCGGUUUGAAGAGGUCGAGUUUCGAGAGAGAAGUUGAGGAUACAUUAAUGAAACAUAGUGGAGUCACCACGGAAGAUGGGAGAAGAAAACCGCGAGUAGAAUUCUCCGCUAGUGUUUACGCCAUCGAGCCUACUGACAAAAGAGUGGUGCUUACUAUUGUUCGACAUGGUCCUUGUGCAAACGAGAUUACUGUAAACUACUGUACUCAAAGUGGUGUGGCUAAGAAAAACCUCCAUUUUCUGCCAAAAUCUGAGUCGAUCAAAAUGGCGCCUGAUGAAAGGACGAGAGACAUUGAUGUGACGCUUGUGGAUGGCGCCGAAUGGAGACCUAACCAUACGUUUUACGUAAACCUAAAAAUACAGGUAUUGUAGCU